AUGGAGACUCCAAAACUAAAACAAACGAAAGACGAGUUGGCUUAUAUAAAGAGAUUGGUUUUAUCAACGAUAAAGAAGAGUGGUUCCACUUCACUCUUUACAAAGUUAUCGAAUAAUUAUAGCACUUCCACUUCUACUAUUUCAGGACGAUCGUCCUUGUCGUCGUCGUGUGGUCAUGACGGGGUUAUUCAAUUAAAUAACAACAACAAGAAUAACUACUGUAACCUAUAUUCAACAUCCUCUUCCAUUAAUAGAUCAUCGUCAUUAAUGUUUAAUAAUAGUAACAAUAACCAUAAUAAUCAAUGUAGAUGUUUUAAUUGUAAAUCUUUAUCUUCUUCUUCAUCCUCAUCCACUUGUUCAUUCUUACCAUCAUCAUCAAGAAGUUAUAGUAGUAGUAAUACAGAUGAUAAAGAUGUAAUUAACCAUUUAAACUUAAGAAAUGUAGUUGUUGUUGAACAAAGAAGAUCAACAAAGAAAUUGGAACAAUUUGAUCAAUUGUUAACUGAUCAACAACUAUUACCAUCUGAUGCAAAGAUUGUAAAAUUAACUAAAAAGUAUUGUAUAGAUAUAAAUAUUUCUAAAGUAGGAAAAAAGGAAUAUUAUAAGAUUACAUUUCCAACAAGACUAGAAGCAAUUGAAUUUUAUAAUAGAUUAUGUUUGGAAAAGAAACGAUUGGGAGAUGAAUCGAUAGAGUUUCUAUUCAAGAUACCACAUACUCAAUUGGAUCCAAUGUAUGAAAUAAAGAGUGAAGAGAUGCUUGCACUUGAUGUGGGAGAGGUUACCAAUACCGAGGUGAUUGACAGUGAGGAGCAAGCUGUCGAAGCAGUCUCUAAACUAUUGGAUGGUAAGAUGCCAUGGGACGUAAAGGUAUCGGAUGCCGUCGUAUUGGGUAUGGACUGCGAAUGGCCAGCACUUAGAAAGUUUUUGACAAAGGAAGACCCAAAGAUCAGUUUGAUUCAAUUGUCAAACGGAGAAUACACUGCAUUGUUUAGAAUUUGCAAGUUUGAAGAGAUACCAGACGCACUCGUUCAACUGUUGACCAGUCGAUCAAUACUAAAGGUCGGUCACGGUUUGAGCAAGGAUGCAAACAGACUAAACAAGGAGCAAAAGAUAUGUAUGGAUGGUGUCGACGAUCUCGCAUAUCAUCCAGUUACCUAUAGAUGCAACCCCGACUCGAUCAACGAUAUGGUUGCCAUGUUUUUAAACACCAAUAUCACAAGAAGAGCAUCGGUCAUUCGAUCCAAUUGGGGCACAUCUCAAGACCUCACCCACGAACAAAUCUUAUCGGCAGCUCAACGCAGUCACUUUUCAAGACAACUCUAUUUCAAAUUACAAACUGUAUCUUUUGAUAUUGACCUUUCUCAAUAA